AUGGCCAAUUCCAAAACCGCGGCCAAGGCUACGACCGCGGCCCCUUUAACCAAGCACACUCUCCCCACAGAACCCACCACCCGCAAGGGCACCAAGUCGCCCACCAGCAGCGCCUCGUCCGUGUCGUCGCGUUCAUCGCGUUCAUCGCGCUCCAAGUCCAAGUCCAAGACAAAGGCAAAGAACAGCAGCACAAGAACCAAAGCCAAGGCGAAGCCCAGGACGAAGAAACAACCCGCGUCUCGGUCGGCUUCUACGUCCGAUCAAGGUGAGGCUGGGGAGGAUGGUGAUGAUGAAGGCACCAAUAGCAGCAGGGCGUCGGCGUUGCAGGAAUUGGAGGAUCACAUUAUCGAUGCGUGGGACACUGAGUCAAUUUUAGCUGAGGUCAUUGAGGGCUUGACAGAUAUGCGAGAUGGAUCAGAUGACCCUGAGUGCUGCACUCCUGAUGAGGCGGCCGGCCUUCGCCACCAACUCCGCCAACUAGGCCCUCAAGAGUUCUGUCGCCGCACCAUAGACUCAGGCACCUACACCGCCAGGAAGCUCCUAUCCGCCUUCAACAUCCGCCCGCCCUCCUUCCUGGACGGCUGCCCCGAUGAGGCCUACUUCAGCCUCCUCUCCGCCGCCAUUGCCCGCGAGCUCAACAAGCGCGCCAAGCUACCCCACCUUAACACCGUCCAGGAUGCUGCCGACCUGAUCAGCCGCAGCAAGAACAUCAUUUGCCUCACCGGCGCUGGCAUUUCCACGAGUCUGGGUAUUCCCGACUUCCGAUCCAAGGGAACCGGUCUGUACUCGAAGCUGGAGUACCUGGGUCUCAACGACCCACAGGAAGUCUUUGAUAUUGAACAGUUUAGGGCCGAUCCGUCCAUUUUCUACUCCGUGGCCAAGGAUAUCCUACCCUCAACUGACCGCUUCACGCCUACUCACGCCUUCAUCGCCAUGCUGCAACAACGAGGUAAACUCCUGACAAACUACUCGCAAAACAUCGACAACCUCGAAGCCAAGGCCGGCAUCCAUCCGUCCAAGCUUGUCCAGUGUCACGGAUCCUUCGCCACAGCUAGCUGCAUAGAGUGCGGCUUCAAAACCGACGGCGAAUCCAUCUUCCCAGACAUCCGCUCCGGCACCCUUCCCCGUUGUCCCGAAUGCGCCAAAACCCUCCGCUCCACGGCUUCCAACGGCAGGACGAAGCGUAAGCGCUCCCGCGGCUCGGACGCCAACAAGAGGCGUAAGCGCAACGGAAACGGCUACGGAGGCUACCACGACGAUGACGACUCGGGCUCCGAAUUCGACAUCCCCGAAGCGGGCGUCAUGAAGCCCGACAUCAUCUUCUUCGGCGAGGCGCUGCCCGAUGACUUCGCCCUACGACUCACGGAGCACGACCGCGACGUCGUCGAUCUCGUCGUCGUCAUCGGCACGUCGCUAAAGGUGUCGCCCGUUAGCGAGAUCGUCAGCUAUCUCCCCUCCCAUGUGCCACAGAUUUACAUCUCGAGGACACCCGUCGAGCAUUUGAAUUUCGACAUUGAUUUGUUGGGCGAUUGCGACGUUGUUGUCGUGGAGCUGUGUAGGAGGAUGGGGUGGGAGUUGGAGCAUGAGAUGAUUCCGCCGGGACAGGUUGUGGAGGUGAAGAAGGAGGAAGGGUUUGCGAGUCGGUGGGCGUUUAAGGAGGCUUAA